AUGCUGCUGCCUAGACGGGGGGGCGCCCGCGGCAUGGCCACCCUGAGGGGGUUCAAGUUUGACAAACUCGCGGAGAGUCAAAGUUUGAGUGCCCAGGAGGUGGACCAUCUGGACCGAGUAAGUAUGGUAUCCUUAAAAACAUUAAAAAUACCUGAACAGGUCAGGCAAAAACUACACAAUUUGGCAAAACAAUUUGUGAAGAAAAAAGAUUUGGAAAAAUUGGGACGAUAUGUAAUGCAGAAAGUAACAAGCAGGAACUGUGUAGAGUUGCCUCGAAUUCUACCCUCAAAAUUGUUGCAUCAGUUACAGGAGGAAGUGGACGAUGAGGAGGAUGCUUGUGUAGUAGAAAAGAAAAAAAAAAAAAAAGGAAGGAACAAAUUAGAUAACCUUCUUGAAAAGAAAUCAUACCAAUGUUUGAAACAACAUUUGGGAGAGUACCAGAACAAGUGGAAAGACAUAGAGCAAAUGGCACUGGCACAUGCGGAGGAUGCAAGACACAUAGGGAGGAACGUUUCCCCCGCGAGGAUGACUUUCUUCCCUGAGUCGUGCAUCGCGUAUACGCUUCACAAUUUUAAUGCCCACUAUGGUGUUUUGUAUAGAGUUCUGCAUGAGAUCAGGACCCGGGUGCCAGCAUUUACCCCCAAGAAAGUGCUGACCUAUUCAGGCGUCCCCGCUGUAGCUGUAGUGGCGGUGAAUGAGUUGUACCCAAGUGGGGGUAACAAAAACAGCAACCACAACGAUAACAGCAAUAGCAGCAAUAGCAAUAGUAGCAGUAGUAGUGGUGGUGGCCACAUAGUCGCCGUGGAGUCGUCCGACUCGUUCGAGUCCAUUUCAAAAUAUCUGACGGAGCGCAUCCCCAACGUGCUGUACCAGAUGAACCUCUACAGCAACAUGGAAAAGUACGACCUCGUAAUAACGUCACACAUGUUGUUAACCCUUUAUGAUUACAACGCAAGAAAUCUCUACAUAAAAAACAUGUGGGAUAGGUUGUCCACUGGAGGGAUACUCAUCAUUGUGGAAAGUGGCACCCCCACUGGGUUCCGCAUGAUCCAUUCGAUAAGAGAGCUUUUCAUAACCGAGUUGAAGUAUGACAGAUUUCAUUUCAUCGCUCCAUGUCCUCAUGAAAGCAUCUGUCCUUUAGCUUUAACAGGCAAGGACUGGUGCCACUUCUCUCAGAGGACACAUAGACUCUCUCACCAUAUCUACUGUAAAGGUAGUCGAGCUAAAAAUGUAGACGAAUUGAAAUAUUCCUACCUUGUUAUUCGUAAAGGGGAAGGACCAAGAACAACCUACAAAUCUGAAGCAGAUGCUUCUACUCCUGAGGAGAAAUCUUUCUUCUGGCCACGGGUCAUUCUUCCUACGAUCAAGUCGGGCAAGCAUGUCCUCAUCGAUGUAUGUUCCAGACCGCAAAACUUCGAACGACUUGUGGUCACCAAAAGUUCAUCCCUAAUACCUAAUUUACGAACAAAAAACGGUACCAUUCUUAAGGGAUAUGGAUACAAAAGUGCGAGGAAGUUACUCUGGGGGGACCUCUUCCGCUUUACAAAGAGGAUUAGCCGCCCUGACGCCAGACUGUACACCCCGGAAAGCACCAAACAGCACCUCUACCGGCUCUACAAUCGGCAGAAGCGCCGCCAAAACGUUACGGAUGUCGUAGAUCGCCAGUCACGCGAACACUUUGAAUCACGUGCGGUGCAGUUCUACGGUUCGUAA